GGGAGGGGCGGGUGGUGUUUCCGCUGCUUCGAGUGGACUGAGAGCGGCUGCCUGGAGCCUCUUCUGCUCGCCUCCCUGCCCUGCCCCGCGCGCCGCCGCCCCGCGCUCCGCCGCUCUCUGGGAGGUUCGGGGCACUUAGGUCCCUCUGUCACCCUCGGUUUGCAUCACCUUCUCCUGACCUGAGCAGUCGCCAUGGCACAGAUUUUAUUUAUUUAUACAUGAGAGACAGAGAGAGAGAGGCAGAGGGAGAAGCAGGCUCCCCGCGGAGCAGGGAGCCCGAUGCGGGACUCGAUCCCAGGACCCUGGGAUCACGACCUGAGCCGAAGGCAGACGCUUAACCAUCUGAGCCACCCAGGUGCCCCAGGAAGGCUUCAGUUUAAAAGGUUCCAGGUUCUUAAAGGCACCGUGGUUGCCUUCCCUGAAUUUGAUGAGCGGGCUGAUGCAGAAACUCUUCGGAAGGCCAUGAAAGGCCUGGGCACUGAUGAGGAGAGCAUCUUGACUCUGUUGACAUCCCGAAGUAAUGCUCAGCGCCAGGAAAUCGCCGUGGCUUUUAAAACUCUAUUUGGCAGGGACCUUCUGGAUGACCUGAAAUCAGAACUGACUGGAAAAUUUGAAAAAUUAAUCGUGGCUCUGAUGAAACCUUCUCGGCUUUAUGAUGCCUAUGAACUGAAGCAUGCUCUUAAGGGAGCUGGGACAGAUGAAAAAGUACUGACAGAAAUUAUUGCUUCAAGGACACCUGAAGAACUGAGAGCCAUAAAACAAGUUUAUGAGGAAGAAUAUGGCUCAAGCCUGGAAGAUGACGUGGUGGGGGAUACAUCAGGGUUCUACCAGAGGAUGUUGGUGGUUCUCCUUCAGGCUAAUAGAGACCCUGAUGCUGGAAUUGAUGAAGCACAAGUUGAACAAGAUGCUCAGGCUUUGUUCCAGGCUGGAGAACUGAAAUGGGGGACAGAUGAAGAAAAGUUUAUCACCAUCUUUGGGACACGAAGUGUGUCUCAUUUGCGAAGGGUGUUUGAUAAGUACAUGACUAUAUCAGGAUUUCAGAUUGAGGAAACCAUUGACCGAGAGACUUCUGGUAAUUUGGAGCAACUCCUCCUUGCUGUUGUGAAAUCUAUUCGAAGUAUACCUGCCUACCUUGCAGAAACCCUCUACUAUGCUAUGAAGGGAGCAGGGACGGAUGAUCAUACCCUCAUCAGAGUCGUGGUGUCCAGGAGCGAGAUUGAUUUGUUUAACAUUAGGAAGGAGUUCAGGAAGAAUUUCGCCACCUCUCUCUAUUCCAUGAUUAAGGAUGAUACGUCUGGGGACUAUAAGAAAGCCCUCUUGCUGCUCUGUGGAGGAGAGAAUGACUGAGAUAACCAGCUGGAGAGAGAUCCUGCGCUGUGCCUGCCACGGCUGCCGCGACCUUCCUAAGCCUCUCGUUGUGCUUGUUUGUAUGCCCGAGCCUGACACAUUGCCUUAUUCAUACUAGCAUGCUAAUGACCAAAACAUACAUGUUGCAGAAGAGAAAUAGCGGUGCUUCUUGCUGAUGUUCAGUAAAGCUCUUUCUCUUUGUCUUUUGUAGUACUUACGUUACUAAAGUCUAAAGUCUGGGUCAUUUAGAUUUUCUUUUAGAAGAUCCGACUGCUUUUAGCCUUUUUAAAAAACUUCAUUUAUAUUAAAUUGAUAACUGUAUUUCCUUAAUCAGAACCUUAGCCUUAAAAUGAUGAACUCCUGGAAGUGUUAUUAAUCAAGUUUGCUACUAAACUAAACCUGAAAAAUUAUGGUGGUUGCAUUCAAAAGAUUAAUGAGAAAUAAACAUUUCCUUCCCCCUGA